UGGGACCCGACAGAAUCCAGCCAGGUUCUGGGGCUCCAGGACGCGAUAAACGGCGGCAGGCAGGCGGCCUUGGCGCGGAGACGGAUGCAUAACCUUACGCAGGCCGGCGCGUAAUGGGCAGAGAAGGGAGUCCGGCUCGGGGGCGGUUCCUCGUACGGGGCGCCGGGCGAGGAGGGGCUAGCACUGCGUGCGGGGCAAGAGGCUUUUGUGAGGCAGCGGGGAUAGCAACCGCACAGGCAAAUGGGGCGGGCCAGCAGGAGGCGGAUGGUACGUGAAGCGGAAAGGCGGCGGCCGAGACUGCCUCUGCCCGAGAAGCGGUAGCGACUCCCGUCUUCAUGGAGGUGCCUCCUCCCGCUUCUUCUUUGCGUGCCUUCCCCACAGGUGGCGGCGGCGGAAGUGACGGUAAUUCAUGGCAGGGGACGUGGAAGGAUUUAGUUCCUCCAUCCAUGACACCAGCGUCUCUGCUGGGUUCAGAACACUGUAUGAGGAGGGAUUACUUCUUGACGUCACUCUUGUUAUUGAGGAUCAUCAGUUUCAGGCUCAUAAAGCCUUGCUUGCCACCCAAAGUGAUUACUUCCGAAUUAUGUUCACAGCUGAUAUGAGAGAGCGGGAUCAGGACAAAAUCCACUUGAAAGGUCUAACUGCCACAGGUUUCAGCCACGUGCUCCAAUUUAUGUACUAUGGAACCAUUGAACUGAGCAUGACCACUGUUCAUGAGAUCCUGCAGGCGGCCAUGUACGUCCAGCUUAUUGAGGUGGUGAAGUUCUGCUGUUCCUUCCUUUUAGCAAAAAUCUGCUUGGAAAAUUGUGCAGAAAUUAUGAGGCUGUUAGAUGACUUUGGUGUAAACAUCGAGGGAGUCAGAGAAAAACUGGACUCCUUUUUGUUAGAGAAUUUUGUACCACUCAUGGCUAGACCUGACUUCUUGUCCUAUCUGAGCUUUGAAAAGCUUAUGACGUACUUGGAUAAUGAUCAUCUGAGCAGGUUCCCAGAGAUAGAACUCUACGAGGCUGUUCAGGCUUGGUUGCGGCAUGAUAGAAGACGCUGGAGGCAUACCGACACCAUCAUUCAGAACAUCAGGUUUUGUUUGAUGACACCAUCCAGUGUGUUUGAAAAGAUCACAGCCCCCAUGCACAGUUGGAUUGUUACCUGGGAUGAAAAACUCCACAUAUAUCAUCCAAAGUUGUGCAGAGUGAUUCCUGCUAGAGUGGGUCGGUGUAUGGAUCUCCUGUUGAUGGUGAAAACAUCAGAAUUUUAUCGUUAUUCCCGGCAGCUGCGGCAUGAGGUGGAACAAGCUAUGAAUUACUUUCAUGGUGUUCAUCAGCAGCCUUUGAUGGAAAUGAAAUCAAAUCGCAUUCGUUCAGCUAAACCCCAAACUGCAGUAUUUAGAGGGAUGAUAGGGCACAGCAUGGUAAAUAGUAAAAUACUUCUUCUGCACAAACCAAGGGUCUGGUGGGAGCUGGAAGGCCCACAAGUACCUUUGCGUCCAGACUGCCUUGCCAUUGUUAAUAACUUUGUAUUCUUAUUGGGUGGGGAAGAGCUUGGUCCAGAUGGUGAAUUUCAUGCUUCUUCCAAAGUGUUCAGAUAUGAUCCAAGACAAAACGCUUGGUUAAGAAUGGCAGAUAUGUCUCUACCACGCUCAGAAUUUGCUGUUGGAGUUAUUGGCAAGUACAUCUAUGCUGUGGCUGGGAGGACAAGGGAUGAGACAUUUUAUUCAACAGAGAGAUACGAUAUCACAGAAGAUCAGUGGGAAUUUGUGGAUCCCUAUCCAGUCAAUAAAUAUGGACAUGAAGGAACUGUUCUAGGUAACAAGCUGUACAUCACAGGUGGAAUUACAUCCUCUUCCACAUCGAAGCAGGUGUGUGUGUUUGACCCUAGUAAAGAGGGAACUGUGGAACAACGAACAAGGAGGACUCAAGUGGUCACUAACUGUUGGGAAAACAAAUGCAAAAUGAAUUAUGCAAGAUGUUUUCACAAGAUGAUUUCUUAUAAUGGCAAGCUUUAUGUUUUUGGAGGUGUCUGUGUAAUCCUGAGGGCCUCUUUUGAGUCUCAGGGAUGUCCAUCCACAGAGGUUUAUGACCCAGACAUAGAUCAGUGGACUAUUCUGGCUUCUAUGCCAAUUGGUAGAAGUGGCCAUGGUGUAGCUGUGUUGGACAAACAGAUAAUGGUUCUUGGAGGCCUGUGUUACAAUGGCCACUAUAGUGAUUCAAUUCUCACUUUUGAUCCAGAAGAUAAUAAAUGGAAAGAAGAUGAAUAUCCACGAAUGCCCUGCAAGCUAGAUGGUUUACAAGUUUGUAGUCUACAUUUUCCUGAAUACGUGUUGGAGCAUGUUAGGCGCUGCAGCUAAAAGAUACAGAAAACUAUUUAUAAACUGGUGGGGUAGAAGGGGAGAAGAGGGAAAGCAGAUGUAGGGCCACUGAAGACAUUGACCUGUGUAAUACACUCCUUAAUUUAAUAAAGAAAAGAAAGAGUGUACAGGGAAUGCAUCUACCAAGUUUAUUAGGAAUGCCAAUAACUGUUUUUGUAUUGUGCUUUUGGUUGUUUUUAUUUUUUUACAUGCUAUUACUGUAUGUUUUAAAAGAGGGGGAAAAUAGAAUCUGUUC